UUUUCCUUUAUUUCUAGUAUGAGCCAUCAGUGGAUUACCAACCUUCAGAAGAAAAUGAGAAUUUUUGCCUCAAUAACUCGACACAUUUGGGGACUUUUUGUAUCAGAGAGGAAGCCUGGCUGGAAGAAUCUGUUGCAGCUUUUUGCAGUUUGCUCUACUGUUAGCUUCAUCAUAAGCAGCCUCUUAUUUCUUGGCUUGCAUUCCUUUCUAGCACACUAUCCUUUGGUUUCCUUAGCAAUUUCUGGGUCCACCUGGAUUGGCCUGUCUACUGGGUUGUGUUCCUCCAAGCACAUGCGCUGCUUUGGCACACUGUUUGUUCUUUCUUGCAGCUUGCGUGAAGGUAGAAAUGCGCUUAUUGCUGCUGGGACUGGUGUCGUGGUAGCUGGCAACAUCCAAAAUAUUUUUCACAACCUAAAGAUAUUGGCAGACAGUAUAGUUUGCAAUCUAGAGAUUGAGCGAUUUUCCUUUAUAAAAGACUAUAUUAAAAUAAUUCAGUGGAUUUAUAAUGAGACUAAACGUUUAAGUAACCCAGUGGAAGAAGUAGUAUCACUGAGUGAUAAAUUCAAUGUCUCUUACUUAAUUUCAGAUGAAAAUUUGAAAAUGAAGUUAAACAACACAAAACAACAAAUCCAGAGUGUUACUAACCAUAUAUCUUCUAUACUGGCUAUACAGCCCUAUAUAAACCAGGGGUUGUUGCCUAUAAUAGGAAUUCUUCUAGUUCCUCUUGGCACAUACCUUUUCUUCAGAAAAUUCUUGGGCACUCAUAGUGUGAAGUUUAAGAAUAUUUACAUUACAAAACAGUUCAUUAAAUUUGAUGAGCACCAAAGGCAGCAACAAAAGCCCUGUGUUCUUCCACUCAGUAAAAAAGAAAGAAAAAAGUAUGUGAUCGUCCCAUCCCUCUGCCUAACACACAAGGAAAGGAAAAGCAUAGGACGUGUUCUAAUCCCUGUAUUUACUAAUCUUUGCAUCUGGGUUCUGUUUGCAGCAGUAGAUUAUUUGCUUUACUGGCUAAUUUUUUCAGUGAGCAAGCAUCUCCAAGCAUUACCAGCGCUAGAGGUUAAUUUGAAAGUCAGGUACCAAAAAAAUGAAAACACGUUUAUUUUCAACAAUGGAGAGCGCAAGACAACGAAUGUUUCCUUUAACUCUUCGCUGUUUAAGCAUGAAUGCCUCCCUAAACCAGAGUUUUUGCUCUCCUCAACAUGGCUCCAGCUUGGAUGCAUCAUCUUUUGUCUAAUAAUAUUUGCAUUAUUCUCCACCACCCUGAUGCAACUUAAAAUACUUGUGUCAACUUCAUUUUAUCCCAACAUAGAGAUGAAACGGAUACAUUAUCUGCAUGCAAAACUACUGAGAAAAAGAUCAAAGAUUCCACAGAAAAAUGUAAAAAGGAAAUUGAACUCAUUUGCUACAAAGUUCCACUUCUGGUUCCCAAUAUUCAAGGCAAUGGGAAUGGUCAGGAAGAAAGAAAAAGACAUGAUAAACAUCAACAAUGUUUGAAAAAGGACAAUUAACCUUUUGGAUAAGCUCACAGUUCUUUGGUUCAAAAGGUCCCUGUAUAUUGCACCUGUAUUGCUCCUGCUUUGUUAAAAUAUUUCCAUAAAGUGCUGCCAGUUAAUUUGCAUAUUAUAUAUAAAUUUUAAAUAAGUAAAAAUAAAUGUCAAAAGAUAGCAGCCUGCAGUAUUUUGGUAAAAUUUGGGAAACUGUAAUAAUAUUUAAUCCUAUUAUUUAAUCCGUUUUCAAUUCUGAUUCUGCGCUGCCUUGCACCUGUGCAGACAUUUAGGGCCUGACUCCCAUUCCUGGUAAGCCACCAUUCAUUGUUGUGGCAGUAUUACUCUGUAAUUUACAUUUGCUCCUACCUUGAAUACCCUGUAUUCUGCCACAGUGUGGAAAGCGGCUCUACUGUAAAAUAGGAAUCAGGC